AUGCUCUAGUUGCAUCUUGAAUUUUCCUGGUAGUAUACAAACACUUCCUGUCUGUCGUUCUGCUUGCUUUAAUAAUAUAUUACUGCCAGUUUUAUACGUAAUUGCCCAUAUAAUAUACAUUCUGUGAGCACUGAGAAAUGAGGGGACAAACCAGUACUGUUGUUUUGGCCUUCCUCUUGGUAUGGGCCUUGAACCUCAAGCUCGCCGAGCUGCCGAUUUUCAGACGGCAGAACAGGGCGGACGACUCAGUAGCCCCACAGCCACAACCCACACCCAUCAACGACGACCUCGAGCGAGGUACAAGUGGGAGACUACCUGAAUCUGAUGAUCAUGGUCCCAAAAUUCCCGACAUGCCAACCAAGCUGCAGUGGGGGCAGAUGGUCAUCGGAGUUUGUUUUCCGGCUGUUAACACCGCCUUGCAAGCUCUCCAAACUCCGGCGCCUCUCCCCAGGACCUUUCCCUGGUUCUACCUGACAUUCGAGCUGGCCCUUUUUGCUUCCUUGGUGUCUAUCUACAUUCGACGCCGUUCCGAGAAGGCAUCUCUGAUCCUGGAGCAUCUUGCUGUACUCUUCGGCGCUACGGCUUUCCUCCUAGCCAUUUCAAUGCCUCUUCACAACCCAAUGAUUGAGAUAUGCAUCGCCGUCGGCUGCAUUUGUUUCUUCAUAAUCAUCAUUGCCAAUCGUUCUCCGCGUGACUGGAAGGAAUUGCUAUUGGAAGAAGUUUUGCCAUCAUGAAAAAUGAGCAAAUUGACGGAAACAAGGAGAUGUUAGCUUUUGGCCUCAUGAACAUCGUUGGAUCUCUCACUUCAUGCUACUUGACAGCUGGUACCAUGAUAACUACUUACCUUCACUUUUAAAAUCCCACAAACAAGUUUUGUAAGAUGGAAUUAUCUGCUGUGCUAUCUUGGUUAUUCAGUUACAACCGGUCUACGAAGAGCCACGUCGGUCAUGCAC